AAGCGCUUGUGAGCCGCGCCGCAGUACCGAGCAGAACCGACGUCGAAGCCGAGGGCAGAGCACCGACGAGCCGGGGAGGAUUUACGAACCCGCCCAAGCCCGCUCGUCCCCAUGGAUACCGGUUGCUUCGCCGCCGUCAAUCCGGAUAUGUUCAAGCCCUGCUCCGAACGGGGACCCCCGCAACAAGGCGGCGUCCCCCCCGUUAAAACCAGCCGCACUAAGCCGGAGCAGAGCAAGCCGGAGCUCGCCCAGGUGGUGACGGACUCCCGGACGGGGAGACGCUACAGCAAAGGGAAGCUUCUGGGAAAGGGUGGCUUUGCACGAUGCUACGAAAUGACAGACCUUACCAGCAACAAAAUGUACGCUGUGAAGGUGAUUCCACAGAACAGGGUGUCCAAGCCGCAUCAGAGGGAAAAGAUCACAAACGAAAUUGAGCUCCACAAAACCUUGUCGCACAAACAUGUGGUGAAGUUCUCCCAUCAUUUUGAAGACCAAGACAACAUCUAUAUAUUCCUCGAGCUCUGCAGUCGAAAGUCCUUGGCACACAUUUGGAAGGCAAGGCACACACUGACAGAGCCAGAAGUUCGCUACUACCUCCGACAGAUAAUAUCAGGCCUCAAAUACCUACAUAACAGGGGUAUCCUGCACAGAGAUCUCAAACUAGGCAACUUCUUUGUCAAUGAGAACAUGGAGCUACGGCUAGGAGACUUUGGCCUCGCAGCUAAGCUGGAGACAGUCGAGCAGAGGAAGAAAACAAUUUGUGGGACCCCUAACUACCUGGCGCCCGAGGUGCUCAACAGACACGGGCAUGGCACAGAGUCUGACGUCUGGUCCCUAGGCUGUGUGAUGUACACGCUGAUGUGCGGCAACCCUCCCUUCGAGACUCUAGACCUGAAGGAGACCUAUAAGUGCAUAAAGGAGGUUCGGUACAACAUGCCCUCCAAUGUUUCCCCCACUGCCCAGAAACUCAUUUCUGGCAUCCUGCAGAAGAACCCUAGCGACAGACUGAGCCUGGACCAGAUCCUGAACCACGACUUCUUCUCCAAGGGCUUCACCCCUGAUAAGCUGCCGCCCAGCAGCUGUGUGAUGGUGCCAGAGCUCCACCCGCCCAGCCCUGCCAAGAAAUUCUUCACAAAGGUGGCCAAGAGUCUGUUUGGCAAGAAGAAAGCUAAAGUGGAGAAAAUCCCAUGUGAGGAGAAAGAUGACAAAGACCUCUCUAAACUGGUGUCGGGGAUUGUUAAAUCCUCCAUCAACCGUCAGAUCAGCUACAAAACAGUGGGACCCAAUGAGGCGCCCUCCACCACCGGGCAGCUGGUCAGCUCGGUCCCCUUGGAACAGACUCCUGCUGAGGAGGAAUCCAGGAAGUCCAUCUCCCGCUCCUUCAAGGGCACCAUGGCCAGCAGCGCUGAACCAUGCGAGGAUGUCCUGACCCCCGCCUCUGUGACUGAAUUGGCCCUGAAAGUUCUCAGUAGCUGUCUGGCCACCAUGCCCUCAGCCACCAGAAAUCCUCCCUGUCUGUCCAGACCUCAGACGUUCUUGUGGGUGUCUAAGUGGGUUGACUACUCCAACAAAUAUGGCUUUGGCUACCAGCUGUCCAACCGCAGCGUCGGCGUGCUCUUCAAUGAGGGAACACACCUGAGUCUUUGUGACCAGCGCAAGACGGUCCAUUAUUGCUUGACCAACAACAAACACUUCACUUUCCAGGCCAGCUCUCUGCCCGAGCAGCUCCGCAGCCAGAAACAAAUCGUAGAGCUCAUGGCCAACUACAUGGAGCAGAACCUCAUGGAGGGUGGAGACUUGCAUUGUGACGAGCAGACAUCUUCCCCUCCUCCUCUCCUGCUUCAGUGGGUGAAGACUGAUCAUGCUCUACUUAUGCUGUUCAAUAAUGGCACUCUACAGGUGAACUUCUACACAGACCACACCAAGAUCAUCCUGUGCAAGUCGUCUGACGGUUCCUACUUGCUCACAUACAUCAGCCGGGAGCGUGUCUCCUACACAUACCUCCUCAGCAUGCUGGCUGAGAUGGGUUGCGCUUCUGAGCUCCGGCACAGACUUCGGUAUGUGGUCCAGCUGCUCCACCACCAUGCUGAUGCCUGAGGGGGGGCAGCAUGAUGCCCCCCUCCACCCCCGGGUUGCCUUAUUGAUGGAUGCUUUGGAGGCAACCUGUCUGGUUUACACCUUUCUUAUUUUAGCCAGCCUUAGCGGGUGAUACGACUCUCAAAAGCUGAUGCCUAUUAAGUUGAUGGGUGGAAGUCGGCUCGACUCUUGGGCAAUAUACUGUCUGGACUGGUGCCUUGGAGGUAACUGCUUGUCAAACCGAUGCCUGGAGGGUUGAGCUACCCUUAAUAACGUCAAGCUGUCAGGAAGUCUCCUGUGAUGGCAGCCGCUUAAGCCCGUCAGCUAACGCCACAAAGGUAUUCACCUAGAAGGUAUUGAUGCCUAAAUAAGGGACAAUUAACAGGCUUUUUUUUUUUUUCCUCUCUUUUUAAGCCUGAACUGUGAUUGGUUGCCUCACAGACAGAUGUAUAACUGGUCACCCGAACUUCUAACUUCCUUUUCCUCACUCGCACUCGAACCACUGCUUCUCGGCUGGGUCUUUUCAAAAGUCACCAACCAACCCCGCAUCUCUCCACUUCACCUCGUGAGCCGGUGUCCUGCCCAUGGUUCCCCAGUGGCGUCUAAACACUAAUAUUGUCCCAUUUGCUUGCAACGGGGGAAAAGGUUGUCUGACUGCUCUGAUGCUUUUCGGCGGGGAUUUCCCAAAAGUGUCUUUGAGGUGAAGUCAUGGUAAUGCCGUCGGCUUGCGUCGGAGCUGAGAAAGAACUAGAGAAGAUCCUCCCACCCGCGGCUGUUGUCUGGACUCUUUGGACUAUGGUGCACACAUUUUGAGUUUUUUUUUUUUUUUUUCCUCUGCAUAUUUUAAGGUGUGAGCCAACUAUUAGACAUGAUCACACCGUGGUCUUGACCUCACAUGCACAAAAAAACAUUCCUGGCCUUAUUCGAUGAUGAUGAUGCUAAAAACUCGGAAGAAAGUCAUUUGAUUCUUCUUUUUUUUUUUUGCUGUCAUCACAAGCCUUUUUUUUUUUUUUUUUAAUAUUAAACUUCACUGAUUGGUACACAGUUAUACGUAAGGGUUUAUGGGAGGAACACAAUUUUGCACUAUCAUCUGUUUUGUAAUUUAAUUUCGAAGGGGCAGAACUUUUACUUCCACCUGUGGCUGUUUUAUUUGCUUUUAACUACAUACCAAAAUGCCUUUUUUUCCUUUUUUAAAUUUCCCUUUUUAAGAUUCACGUAGACGACUGUGUGUGCGCCAUGCAAGAAAAUGUGUUGGUAAACUAGAAAACUCUUGGUUGGAGU